GUCCUCUUUCUGCUUAUAGCAUAGGAGGCCAGUUACUGUUGACCCCAAAGAGAUUUCUACUGAUACAUUGAGAAGAUGGCGGAGUCUGACAGAUUGUUAUUAAGAGUCUUCAUAGCCACAGAUAUUGCUCACAAGAUGUUGCUUCCAACACGCCCCACAUCAGUGCAAGAGCUAAUCACCAUAAUGCGGGAGAAAUUUAAACCUCAUCUUGAUUUUGACUUCAACUUACAAUAUGAAGACCCUGACUUUGGAGGACAGCUCUGCGUUCUUUCAGACAUUACAGAACUGCCACAAAAGGCUGUAGCGAAGGUUUUCAGAUCAGAGAGUGAUACUAGCUCAACUGGAACUUCAGACACAGAAUUACUGCCCCAUGCCCUGGCACGUGUGCAGACCUGGCCUGAUGUAUUUCCUCUACCUCUCUUUUCCUAUGAUGUUGAGUACGUCCUUGAAGCUGGCAAUACAGCAUAUCAGAAUACUGGCAAGACUUUGAAAUUAACAAGAGCACAAAAGCACGACAUCUUGGAAAAUAUGGCCAAAACUAUGCACACUUUCGAGGCGUACCCUAGUGAUAAUAGUGCCCUUCGACUGGAGUCACAGAUUUGUGCAGAAUUCCACAGGAUCACAAAUAUGAACUUGCAAAGCAAGUUCUAUGCAGAGCUAGACAAGCAUUCACCACGACAGAAGGCUGCACGUACUGGCAAGACGGCUGAGGCUAUGAGGAGCAUCUUUACUGCCUUUGAUGUACUGACAGAACAAGAGGAUGAGCCGGACAUUGCAGACCUGGCAGUAGCUCUUUUAAGCGUGGUAAAUGAAGACCCAAGUUCCCUUGUUCAGUUCAGUCCUGUCAGGAUUGCCAUUGUGCUGGAAGGUGACAUUGUUCUGAAUGAGGGGCCUAAUUUGGCUGAUGCUUUCCUCAUGAUGUUUGGUUUAAUGUAUGCACUACACCUUGACUAUCCAAAAGAACUGACCCACACAUUCAACUUCAUCCAGAAAGUCCUCAUGGGCUUAGAUGACUUCAAACCACUAUCACCCAGGUUACUGAAUCUAAAAAAUGAUCUGCUGGUGAAGGUGUAA